CGCCUGAAUGUCCAGGCGAUCUGUAAAGGAAUCUUUUGACGCAACAUGGCGGCGGAAAGUCUUGGAGGCUUUCUUUACGGCUAUCAAACUCAGGGAAGAGUCACCCCUGAAAAAAGUGAAGUUGUGUGGGUAAAGAAAAGAUACACCCCUAAAGAUCUAAGAAGCAAUGCGCCUGUCCCAAGAUCUAAAUUCGUUUACGAGACCGAACAACUCGACACAUCCAAAGUUCCACAGCACUGGAAACGAGAUGUUGAGCCUUCUCUAAAAACUUAUUCAAGGCACAUGGAAGAAAACUCGUGGUAUCCCUCAUCUCAAGCUACGAGAUGCCAAGAAUGGUCUACACUUAGACAAAUUCUCCCCUCAUAUGGUAUUCCUAAUCGAGUUAUCGCGCCGAGAUGGGGCACCGGACUCCCCGAUUCUCCGCACUUCGUCCCCGCUACGGAAAAAAGAUUUCCUCAUAUUAACAGUCCAAUGACUCGGUAUGUUGAUGACAUGCACCUUACUAAUAGGCUGUUCAAGCUACACUGAUCCCCGACCAGCUCACUCCAAGGACGAUUAGGACAGCCUUAUUUAUGUACUAAGAAAGAAAUUCUAUGUAGUGUGAUUUUUUUUUACAUCAAAAGUGUGAAUGUCACCUUUGUUUCUUGUCUGUCCAUUAGGCAACACAUCAAAAUUAUAUUUUUUUAAAUGAGACAGUAAAAGUAAUAAGAAAAGUUUUUAAAA